AGUAGCGAGAUAGCUUGCAUGGCAGACAUGGUGGUUCUGGUGGUAGCGGCCUUGUUCCUCGCCAUGGGAGGCAGCAUCAAUGCGGCGGUGGUGGAGCACACCUUCCUUGUGAGCGAGGUUACCUUGAGGCACCUGUGCCGCGAUACGGUGGCGACGGUGGUGAAUGGGCAAUUACCAGGCCCGGCGCUGGAGGUGACAGAAGGGGACUCCGUGGUAGUUCACGUGGUGAACCAGUCACCCUUUGGAGUAACGAUCCAUUGGCACGGCGUGAAGCAGCGACUCACCUGCUGGGCGGACGGAGCUGGGAUGGUGACGCAGUGCCCCAUCGCCCCCAACACCACCUUCACCUACCGGUUCGACGUGGUCGGGCAGGAGGGCACCCUGUGGUGGCACGCGCACAUCUCCACCCUCCGGGCAACCAUGCACGGCGUCAUCAUCAUCCGCCCAAAGUCCGGCUCCUAUCCCUUCCCCAAGCCGCACCAGGACGUCCCCAUCGUCAUAGCUGAUUUCUGGCAAAACGACCUGAGGCAAGUGCAGAAGGACUUGGAGCUCUGGAUAGCCGAUGGAGAUCAUUCUAAGGAUGGACCAGCUUCAGCAACCAUCAACGGCAAGAUUGGGGAUCUCUACAACUGCUCCGGGGUAGCCCAAGACGACACCUUCGUCCUCGACGUGGAACCCGGCAAGACGUACAUGCUCCGCCUUGCCAACGCUGCACUCAGUAACGAGUACUACUUCAAAGUGGCCGGCCACAGGCUCACCGUGGUCGGCUCGGACGCCAACUACCUCCGCCCCUACAACGCCACCGGCGACAUCGUGGCCAUUGCACCAGGCGAGACGCUGGACGUGCUCAUGGUCGCCGACGCUCCUCCGUGCCACUCCUAUUACAUGGUCGCCCUCGGCACCCAGUCGCCCCCGCCUGCGCCGCAGACAGCCACCAGGCUCGCCAGAGGGAUUGUUCGGUACCCCGACAGCCACGGCGAGGCCAUGGAGCCCCAGAUGCCCGACCAGCACGACCGUACCACGUCCUUCCACUUCCAUGGCAACAUGACGGGCUACCCCAACAACCCCUUGCUGCCACAGAUCCGAGCCCAUGUCCACGACAAGUUCUUCCUCACCCUCGGCAUGGGCACCAUACGCAACCACACCGUGCAUGUGGCCAACAUAAACAACGUCUCCUUCCACCUCCCCCAGGGGAGGUCGCUCCUCGAAGCACGCUACCACGGCGCUGAGCUGGUUACCGCAACGGAGGAGAUGUCCGCCAGGCCUCCCCUUGAAUUCGACUACACCGACCCGGUGCUCAUCAACUUCUUCAACCGCAGCGCCAAGCUCCUGGAGCUAGAGCCGUCGCGCAGGGCCACCACGAUGCGGCACAUCGCAUACAACUCCACGGUGGAGGUGGUGUUCCAGAGCACCACCCUCAUGGAGGACAGCCCUAAUCCGAUGCACCUCCAUGGCCACGACUUCUUCGUCCUCGCCCAGGGAAUAGGCAACUAUGAUGCCGCAAGGGACACCGCAUCCUACAACCUCGUCGACCCGCCGGUCAAGAACACGGUCAUGGUCACCGGGCUUGGCUGGGCGGCCGUCCGGUUCGUCGCCGACAACCCCGGGAACUGGUUCCUGCACUGCCACUACGAGUUCCACAUGGGCAUGGGCAUGGCCACCGUCUUCGAGGUAGGCAACGGGCCAACUCCGGAGACGGCUCUGCCUCCACCUCCAGCAGAUCUGCCAAGAUGCGACAGGAGCAUCGCAUACGAAUAA